AUGCAACUGAGUCCACUGGGAUCGCGACUUGCGGCCUCGCUCGCAGGGCUGCUUGUUGUUUUGAUCUUGUAUAUACUCCUUUUCGCGCCCAGCGCAGCAUUUGCGCUGGAGCUUGUGGCGCCCUCUGCCUCCGACCUGACAAGGCCAGCAGAGCUUCUACAGCUGGGUGCUGAGUCGCAAUACGACUAUGAGCCUGAAUUCGCUCUAUUCGAUCGAGGAAUUCUAGGGCGAGCGCCUGCGGUUGCGACGCCUCUGGUAAACAAUGUGCCAAUUCCGCUGAAUCUUCAGCCAGGCGCAUCUGCCUGUUUUGUGGUGGACAAGAACGUUAUCUUGAGUGGCCAUCCAAGCACGGGAACUUCGAGCUCCAAAUUAGAACUGAAGAGGGAUGCGGAUUUACAAGGGCGUCGUGAUGAUGACGACAAUUCACCAAGCAGCAGUCAAGGCAGUGGUGGCCCCCCAAGGGUGCUCUACCUGUCAGCAAAUACCUGUCUUCAGCCACAUAGUGCUUCAAAUUCGACAUCGGUACCCCCGCAGCUUCGCAUCUAUGUUUCUACUUCUAGCAAAGACGGAUGUCCUGAUGUGACCAAGCCCCCCGCUGGAGUUCAAUCAAAGGCAUUUGAGCAAGGCGCUAUCAUGUACAGCUUAAACGCAACAGAUGAUGUAUAUGUGACUAUUGCGGCCCCAAACGUCACAAAGGAUUUCCAGGGUCUUUACAAUUUUGGGAUUGCGGCAUCGGUUGAUGAUUACUACUAUCAAUAUAGCGAUAUAGACGGGCAGCUGCUGUGGAUGGACAGCGAUGCAACUUCGGCCCUGCUACAGACGGCGCCCUUGACGGGCAACGUGCAACAAAUUUCAUCCGUCAUGGAGGCCGGCCCACAGUAUGAAAUGUACGUCCAGGGGAAUAAAGCGCCGAUUCUCAAUGGGCUUAUGCGCUCAGCUUGUGGGUUGAAUAACGCUGCUCAAAUCGCGUCAAAAAGACUGGAUAAUGGACAGUGGAACAACAAUGAACUGGUUCGAAGUAAAAUAUACGACAAAGGCCCGGGUGGCUGGCCAAGACAACAGUUUUAUUUUGAAGGACUCAACUCUAGUUCGUCUUACUCUGGAAUCUUGGUGAUACCAGGAAACAAAACAGCCAGCUCAACGACACAAAGGUCGGGUGUGGUUGGGGGCGGCGGCACUGUCUUUCCGCCCACUUCCUUUGACACUUCAGCAGGGACAAACUGCAAUCUCAUCACUGAUCUGGACUUUUGCGACGACGUACAGUGGGCAGCCCCCGGCAAUAACAAGUAUAACAACACAGAACUGGGCAAUCUCUACGAUAAUUAUGCAAAAACGAUGUAUGGCUACUUCUUAAAUGUCAUGAUGCAAAUUCCAUGCGAAGCACCGUCUACGCAACGGUAUUCACUGGCGGCCAACUGUGGCAAUUGUACGGUUGCAUACAAACAAUGGCUUUGUGCUGUGGCUAUACCACGUUGCGAAGAUUUCUCAACUGGGAGCAACUAUACAAUCCCUCGAAACGUGGCUCAAGCCUUCCCCAACGGUACCUUCCUCCCGGACGCGCUGAGGCAGCAGCUUAUGCAGACACCGGCGUUCAACUCGUCUCGGACCACCUUUAUAGAUGAAGUGAUUGCGCCGGGCCCCUACAAGGAGAUCUUGCCUUGUGCCGAUCUUUGUUAUGGGGUUGUUCAGGGUUGCCCGGCGGCCAUCGGCUUUGGAUGCCCCCUGUCGGAUCAACGUGGAUUCAAUUUGAGCUACGGUUUACGUGACCCUGACGGCAAAGCAGUAACCUGCAAUUAUCCAGGGGAGCCUAGGACUAUUGUCAAUUCAGCAGGAGCAAUUGCGCCUAGUAUGGUGUUCCUCAUCAGUUUUGUUGGUCUCGGCUCAAGCCUGUUGCUAUGA